AUGUCUGAUCUGACUUACACCCCCAUCGACGACAUCCCCAAGAUUGUCCAAGAACUCAGAACAACGUUCCUGACAGGACUCACCCGCCCCCUGGCUUACCGCAAAGAACAACUCAAAGGCCUACACAACCUCAUCGCCGAAAACGAAACCCUCUUCAAAGAAUCCGUCUAUCGUGACCUCCGCAAACCGCCUCAGGAACUCAUGGCCGGCGAGACGGGCGCCAUUCGCCAGGAAGCCAUUGACGCCAUCAAACAUCUUGACCAAUGGGCCGCCCCUCAAUCCGUCAAAACGACUCUACUCAAUAGGAUGAACAAGCCCCAUAUCCGAAAGUCUCCCCUAGGCACGGUCCUGAUCAUUGGAGCUUGGAACCUGCCGAUUAACCUGUUGCUCGCCCCCGCGGUCGGUGCUAUUGCAGCAGGUAAUUGCGUUAUCCUGAAGCCGUCUGAGGUUUCGACACACACGGCGGCGUUGUUGACGAGAUUGUUACCAAAGUACUUGGAUCCCAGGAGUGUCAGGAUUAUUAAUGGCGCUGCUGCAGAGACCACGGUUCUAUUGGAGCAAAAGUUUGACCAUAUGUUUUAUACGGGUAGUGGCAACAUUGGAAAAGUCAUCAUGGCUGCUGCUGCCAAGCAGUUGACGCCUGUGACCCUUGAGCUUGGAGGAAAGAGCCCGGCAUUCGUGAGCAAGGACGUGAACAUCGCAGUCGCAGCACGCCGUCUGAUCUUUGGAAAACUCUUCAACACCGGACAGGCCUGUAUCGCGCCCGACUAUCUCAUCGUCGAACGCGGGAUCGAAGAGGAACUGGUCAAGGAGAUGAAACUCGCCAUCCAGGAAUUCUACGGCGCCUCUCCCCAGACAUCCCAAUCCUACGGCCGCAUCAUCAACAAUAACCAUUUCCACCGCCUUAAGCGACUCUUGGACACGACCCGUGGCAAGAUUGUGAUCGGAGGUGACACCCAGGAAGACGACCUUUACAUCGCACCCACGAUCGUUCUCGACGUCAAGUUGGACGACCCCCUGAUGGAGUCCGAGAUCUUUGGACCUAUUCUCCCCAUCUGGGUAGUCGACACCAUCAACGAGGGAAUCGAGUAUGUCAACAGGAAUGACCAGCCGCUAGCAUUGUAUGUCUACAGUCACAACAUGAAGCUGGCGGAUCAUAUCCUUGAGAACACCCGGUCAGGAGGCGCGGUCAUCAACGAUUCUCUGAUCCAAUUUAUGGUCACUGCUCUGCCCUUUGGAGGUACGGGUCCCUCGGGUAUUGGAAACUACCAUGGCAAGCGGACCUUUGACAUCUUUUCGCAUGAGCGCGCCACCCUCGUCAAGAACUUGGGCAUGCAAAAGGCCCUCACCAUCAGCUAUCCUCCAUACACGGAGAAGAAGACCAGCUGGUUGGAAUGGCUCCUAUUCGACAAGGUCAAGUAUCCCGAUAACGCCAUCCUCAAAGGCAAGCUGUAG